CAGAAUUAACCUUAAACUCAAAUUUUGUAUAUACCGAGAAAUAUUAAAAUGCUUUAUACUGAAUCUAUAAAUUAUAAUGGAGUGUCUGAAACAGCCAGUAUUUGUGGUAGGAGACAUCGACGAGAACAUUAAUUUGUCAGUGCCACCUUCCUCCGGUGAAGAGUAUUUAGCAGGAUGUAUUCAAGCACCAGUGAAUCUUAAACCAACCAUCGAAUGGCAACAAUAUCAAGUUUCAGACUUUUCAAAAAUAAGGCUGUAUGUGAACCAAUUAAAGGAUGAGAUACAAAUGGGCAGACACAAAUGGAAACCACCAGAGAUUGAAUUGCCAGACAUAGAUGAUCAAAAUGCUUGGAUCAAUUUUUGUUUGGGUGAAAAGAAGAUCGAGCCUACACUAAAUACUUUGUUUUGUUUCAAUCAGUCUAGUGUAGAGCAAGUACUUGAAUAUUUGGUACAAUUUGUGGAGACUGAAAGGAGAAUCCAAUAUAAAAUAGGGCGAUGGAUAUAUACAUUACUUGCAAGCUUGGAGCAACCAUUGCAACCUGACACUUGUCAUUGUUUGCGUUCAUUGGCGCGAACGUGUUCCAUAAUUCGUGCUGAUUCUAGAGAAUUAGAUGCACAGGAACUGGGAGCGCUGAAUUUAUUCAUCUGUCUUGUAGCGAGAUACUUCCGCCAAUUGGAUUUGGCAGAUCCUUGAUAAUUUUCAUAUAUACGAAUAUAAUUAUUUAUGACAGGACGCGACAUACGCGUGUAUACACAGUGAUUUUUAAUAAACUGUAAUGUAAGAUUA